AUGGAAAUUUCCAUACAAGUACUUUGUCUUGCUGAAUUGCAGUUUGUCUUGCUGCUUUAUACUUCAGCACCCAUGUGGCAGUUCUCCUUGUUUGGAUCAUUAGCUAAUGUAGGAGCAAUGGUUGGUGCAAUUGCUAGUGGUCAGAUUUCUAAAUACAUUGGGCGCAAAGGGUCACUGAUGAUUGCUUCAAUCCCAAAUAUCAUUGGAUGGUUGGUCGUAUCAUUUUCGAGAAGAUGCAAAGUGAUAAUGCGGCAACAGAUUCUGCUGCUGAAGCUUUCUUUGCAAGCACAUUGCGGUACAUCCAAUUCCAGAAACAAAAAGGUGGCGCAGUUAGUGAGAAAUAUGAACCUAAUGAGAACUGAAAAGUUAAAACUUGAGAAAGGGAAACAAACUCGGUAACAAUUGCUCUUCAAUCCGCUAAACUUGUGAGAAUUGUCGCCUUUGAUCUUGCUCUUGGGACUCUUGAAUGGUUCCCUCAUUUGUCUUUGAAUACGCUGACGCUGACGCUGCGUGCUACGUGUGUCAUGGGAAGUUGCUUAUCCAAGCAUGAUCUCAACUCUCAAAUUGAUUUGGUAAUUGAAAUUUUGAAGCGUCCAGGAGAAGUCCUCCCUGUUUGUCUUAGUGUCGCACGAACGCUGUAAAUUCAUAAUUUAGUGUGCUUCAAUUUUAAUUUCUCGGCUUUUUUUUUCUCGGUUCAAAUUUUUAUUUUUAUUUCAUAUUGUAAUUUGUUUGAUUUUGGUCUGACAAUGGAGUUUUUUUCAUCUGCUUGAAUGAUA